AUGUUCGCCGGCGGCGACAAGUCAACGAGACUUGCUCGGAGUUUCCGGAGCUUGGAUGUCCUGGCGUUUGGGUGCUUGGCCGUUGCGGCCGCCAUCGUCAUCGGAGCCAGCCAUGCGGUUUAUCAAACUCAACGGAGCUGUCGGGAAGAGUGCUACGAAGAGGAUGUAGGCAACGUAUUCCGAUAUCAGUGGUUCGAAAGGGGCGAUCAUGAGUGCGAGCGCAGCUGCGGCAACUGGGAGUUGCCAUUCCGCGGCAGCCAGCUGGCACUGGCACUGAUCUUCUUGGCAGUUGCCAGUUGCCUGUGUCCCUGGGUCUGCUGCCCGCGCGACGAGUCCCUUUCGGGAUGUCUGGCGUGCUUGGGAUGCUGUGCCUUGAUCCCGGUGGCCCUACUGCUGAUGGUUUACCUCUUUCGGUCAAGUCUGUCAUGUUCCAGUGAGCUCCCGGUUAAAGACAUCAGUGAGUGCGAUUACGUCUUGUUCGCGAUUCGUGUCGAAGUCUACUUGACGUUGCUCGCUGCGCCGACACUCGCCGCAUGCUGCUGCCUAACAUGGGCCCGUGUGCUGAUGCCAGAGAAGCGAGAUGGCGCUCAGCCGGCUGUGAGGAAGCCAGCAGCAGAGACUGAUGGCGAGCCGACGCAAAUUGUCGGGCAGGCCACAGAGAUUGUGACAUGA